GACGUUUACGCCCCCGAUGUCGCACACAAAGUGAAACCAGUACGAGUAACGCGAUCCUGUUCCUUUGUGAGUCAUUCGUCGGGUACUUGGAUUCGGCAACCUGUCCAUUCUACCUGAAUACUAGACAAAUGUGGACGUUUUUGUAAAUGGAUAAAUAUUUAAUUAGAAAUAUUUCCGUCAGAACGAUUUGCUUACAUUUGGUGCCUAGCGUGCUAUUAAUUGAAUUCAUCCUGGAGAAUGCAAGCACUUUUCGAUUAUCACGAAAAUGGAUGUCCAUGGUACUACUUUGAUAGCUCAUAUAAAACGUUGUUGGGCGCGUGUCUUAUAGUCUUUGGUGUAUUCGGGGUGCUGGUCAACGGUUGGCUUUUUGCCACAUUCAUCCACAGUCACCUGCUAAUUUCCAAAAGUCACAUACUUGUUCUAAAUCUUUGUACGGCUUCGCUUGGCAGAAAUAUCCUCGGCUUCCCAUUUUCGGGCGCUUCGGCUAUAGCUAAAAGAUGGAUUUUUGGAUCAUCGUGCUGUCAGCUGUUUGCAUUUUUAAAUCAAUUUUUCGGGAUCUUUCAACUGAAUGCUUUAUUUGCAUUAGUAUUGGAGAGGUAUUUGUUGGCAAGGCGCAACAGACGAGAGAAAACAUUACACUUUAGAUUCUACUUCACCGUAGUCGGUGUCUGUUGGAUCAACUCUACAAUAUUCGCUACACCUCCAUUAUUUGGUUACGGCGUAUACUCGUGUGACUCCACUGGCACAAUAUGUUCUUUCCUAUGGCCUGCGCUGACAUCUAGCACGAAAGAGUUAGGUUAUAGUGUACCGUAUGUUAUAAUGUGCGGUCUGGUACCAUUAAUAGCAAUAUUUCAUUUUAUGGGUAAAGCUGUGCGUCUCGAACAAAUAUACUAUAGAAAUGAGCUGUUGAAAGAAGAAAAACGCUUAACUAAGAGUGUACACGGGGCAUGUAUAGCGACGCUAGCGCUGUGGGUGCCAGCAGGAGUGUUGGCCGGCUGGCAAUGGGUACCGCUGCUCAUCUACGGCUACAGGCCUCAUGUCCCGCCGGUUCUCUCGCUGCUAGCACCCAUCGCGUCCGAGGCGGCGACCAGUAUACCAGUGUUGUGUUAUCUGUGCGGAGACGAGAGGCUGCGCGCUGCGUUGCUGGGACGCAUGCGCAAACAAUACGGCCUGCUGCGACCGGACCGCGCACAGCGUUACAUGAGGACAUGUCGCAUAGCAUUUUUCUUAGUGAUAUGGUUGAAUAUAAAUCUUUGGUGUACGGUAUUACGACGUGAUCUCAAGUAUAGGAAUCUGGCUGUAUUCACCACUGUCUUGGCAGUCAGACGUGGAUACCAUUACAUAUUUUACAUUUUGAGAUACAUGGAAUAUAAAUGGGUGGAUGACAUUCAUAAUUGCAGUACUUACGGCUUUAUUGACACAUUCCUGGGAGUGUAUGAAGUUGAAAGUCUGACGCACAUUUGUAUCGAAAGAUACGUAGUCGCUAAAUAUAUCGCUAAUGGUUGGCCUAUAAGAAGAUGGCAUUACAUUUUAUACCCAUGUCUGUGUCUGUUCUUCUCGACAUUGUACUCUCUGGCACCGUUCUUCGGAGUGGGCAACUACGUGAAGGAUUUCUCUUGCUUGACUUGCACAUACAACAUGGUGCUACCUGAAACAUGGGAGAGAUACGCGGUUUUAGGCAUCUUCCUUCUUCGUAGCGCGAAACCAGUUCUAUUCAUGUUGAUAAUGAGAUUCUGGACGCAACAAAUGGAAGCGAAAUACGAUGAUAAAAAUGUUCCUUGGGUGGAAGUGCGAUUUGCUCAUAUAGUAGAUAGUUUAACAACAACAGUCCUCGGGUGCUGGAUGCCUAUAACUACAGUUAGAGCUUUAGUAAUAAUCUCUAUCAAUUUCUUAGAAAUGGAUGUCGACAUGAAGGAAUACGUUUGGGCAAUACAAUGGGCUGUGUGGGUCGAAUGGUUUACGCCGGCAGUAGUGACGGUGUCUCUGCUGAGUGUGGAUCAUCUCCUCAGAUCAAAAAUGUUCGGCGGCGAUAAGACGGAAGAAGACAUUAUCAAAGUUUUCGAAAAGGAAGAUUAAUUUAACUUUUUAAUUCAACUUAUACAUACUAACUAUAGUGAAAACACAAAUGUACUAACAGUUGUAAUACAUGUCUUCCCUUAAUUUUUCGUAGACGAAAUAGGGACAAUAUAUACCCAUGGUAAAAAC